GAGAACCCGCGUACUUGUGAGGUUGUGUAUCCACGUGAGUUCCUGCAACUAGCAUGCUGCGCAGAGAAGCCCGGCUCCGCAAGGAGUAUCUGUACAGGAAGGCGCAGGAGGCCAAGUUACACGGCAUCGAGGACAAGAAGCAGCGGCUGAAGCGAGCGCUCGAAGAGAACCGACUCAUCCCCACUGAGGUCCGCAGGGACGCUCUCGCCUUACAGCAGCAGAUAGAGUACGACGAUGAAGGCGGCGAAGGGGUGGCCUCUCACGUUGACGAUGAAUACAAGUGGGCUGGAGUAGAAGACCCUAAAAUCAUGAUUACAACAUCGAGAGACCCCAGCUCUCGCCUCAAAAUGUUUGCCAAGGAGAUGAAGCUGGUUUUCCCCAACGCGCAGCGCAUGAACAGGGGGAAGCACGAGGUGGGGGCUCUGGUGCAGGCGUGCAAGGCCAACGACGUCACCGACCUCCUCAUCGUACACGAGCACCGAGGGAUGCCAGACGGCCUGAUCGUGUGUCACCUUCCAUUCGGACCCACCGCCUACUUCACGCUCUGUAACGUGGUCAUGAGACACGACAUUCCCGACCUGGGCACGAUGUCAGAGGCUUUUCCGCACCUCAUCUUCCAUAAUUUCACCUCCAGGUUGGGGCAGAGGGUAAGAACCGUCCCCCAGCUGCCUCGUUACCCCGUCACGCAGCGUGUGUCUGAGGCGUUGUGUCUUUCCUUCCAGGUGUCCAACAUCCUGAAGUAUCUCUUCCCGGUUCCCAAAGAUGACAGCAGGAGGGUGAUAACCUUCGCCAACCAGGAUGACUACAUCUCGUUCAGGCACAACGUGUAUAAAAAGACCGAUCACCGCAACAUCGAGCUGUCCGAGGUGGGCCCCCGCUUCGAGAUGAAGUUGUACAUGAUUAAACUGGGAACACUGGAGAACGAGAACACAGCGGAGGUGGAGUGGCGAUGGCAUCCCUACACCAACACGGCUAAGAAGAGGAAGUACCUCAGCGUGGAGUAGAACCCCCUUGUGCGCCUGUUUGCUCAGUGUAAAUAAAGUUGGCCUUUUUAUUAUUUUUUUGCCCAUCUGUUUUGAAGUACUGGAAAAGGAAACCUGCUUUGUGCAAUGUGUGUGAACUCGCUAAAACAGCCCCAGACCCGCUGCAGCUUGCACACCCUAUCUACAGUGCCCCCCACCUCAGGCUUCCUGCUGUCUUUGAGAUGUACCUCGGUUACCUCCGUGCCCCAGACGAGCAAUAAAGUUGGAGUGGCUUCUUUGUAGAAGCAGAUGUUUCCAUGGUAACAGACUUUAAUUGUUAAAGUAAAACAUGUAAAAAUAACAUCAAUAAAACCUUUAACCUUUU